GUUUUUUUGUUUUCCUUUCUCUUUCUAUUCUCUCCUUCCCGUUCUUCUUUUGCAUGGCCUCAGUCUGCAUGCCUCUGUCGCCGUCAGACUUGGAGAUUGACUGUGAUCUACUCUUGGUUUCCAAAGCCUACCAUCUUGGCCAGGAAGAGACAGACUGGUUUGAGAAGCCCAGGGACCUGCGCUCUAGCUCCCGCCACUAUGGCAGUGGUGGCCACUCCUCGUCCGGCCGUAGCCGCCACGUCAAGCAUACCUACCACGACUAUGAUGAGCCCCCAGAGGAGGACCUGUGGCCCCAGGACGAGUAUGGCCACACCCGCCAAUCUUCCACCUCGCGAGACCAUCGCCACCACGGCAGCACCAGCUCUGGGAGACACUCCGCCUCGUCCCGCCACUCGGACGAACCGCGCUCCUCGCGCUCCUCCAAGGGCCACCCCAAAGACCCGUCCAUGCGCCACGACUCCCGCCAGAUGUCCUCGUCAGGGAAGAGGGGUGACCCGCGCUCCCAGGGYGGGUAUCACUCAUCGGACUACUCCAGGGACCCGUCGGGCCACCACCACAGCCAGGGCCGCUCCUCCAAGUCCUCAUCCUCCCACGAUGGGCGGACUUCCUCCAGGAAGCAGCAAGAACUCCAGGGUCACCCUCCCUCCUCCUCCAGGGGCCAGGGCAGCUCUGGCCGCGGGCCGGGAUCCGCCGGUGGGCCCCCGGGCUCUAGGGGACAGGGUCCUACCUCCCAGCAGGACGGGCUGCAGCAAGGCCAGCGCACCCAGCUGCAGCAGCAGCCCCAGACCUUGGCGGCACGACAGACAGGCACCACCCCUGCAGGCACCACCCCUGGGGGCCAGCAGCCUCUGGGCCUGGCCCAAGCCCAGCAGGGUCUACAGGCCAAGCCUGGUCAGCUUGGUCCUGGUCAAGCCGGUCGCCAGCCACAGGCAGGAGGCCCACUGGGGCAACUGCCACCAACUGCGCAAGCACCUGUCGCAAACACACCCCCUGUGACUGCCAUAGGGGCCAAAGCUGUCAUGGGAGGGGCAGCCCAACCUGCAAAAACACCUCAACCCCAACUCACAGGAAUAGGCUCCAAGGCCGCCCCUAGACCCAGUGGCAUCGGGAGCGCGGCAACAGGUCAACCGGGGAUGGAGGGGGAUAGUCUCCUCUCUAAAGUCCUACCAGGAAACCCUGCGGAGGCAGCAGGAAAACUAGGAGAAGCUAUCUCCGGUUUUGGCAAGAAGUUCACCUCGUUGUGGUGAGGUGUUGAGAUGAAGGUGUCUGUAAAUGUUAUGGAGGACGUUGUGAGGCUUCGUACCAGAAAAACCUAGGAAGACCCC